CCAUCUUCGAGUGGUGGUGACCUAGGAGGGAGGAGCUAAUGGGGAGGGAAGGUGGGCGGCUGCUGCUGCUGGCGGGUGAGACACGCCAGUCCUGGCAUCAGCCUAGCGGCGCAAUGGGAGUGAAGCUAGAGGUGUUCCGGAUGAUGCUGUAUCUCUCUUUUCCUGUUGCUAUGUUCUGGAUUUCAAAUCAGGCAGAGUAUUUUGAAGAAUAUGUAAUCAAGCGGAAGAGGGAGAUCUAUCCGCCUGAAGAUGAAUACGUGAGAAAAGAGCUGGAAGACUUCAAAGAGCGAAUGAGGAAGAUGCAAGAGGAGCGGCUACUAAAGGAGGCUAAGGAUUAGUUCCCCUUCUCCCCACUGUGUGCCUGUGGGGCAGAAGAUGCACUCUUAAGAAAAUUCUGAUCACUAGUGUCCUGCUUUGAUUGUGCUCAAAUGCCACUCCAAAAGAGACUGUGCACUAUGAAGGAAAUUGCAAUAUAUAAAAUUCCACUUUGUAUUCCCUUGAAAUGGUUCUGCACAUACCUGUUAGUACUUUACAGCCCUUCUUGAGGAUAGGAUGGGGCCAAAAGGGACCUGGCUGUGGGCUCUUUCUAGCACUGCAUGGGGCUGUUGUUCUGCCUCUUGCUACAUGCAACUGUGGAAGUGUGUUGCGGGUAGCUGUCUUCUGUUAGUUGCUUUCAAAAAAAGCACGGCAUGGGAAAAUGCAGCUUCUCCAUGGCUUCCAGUAAAGGCCGCUUAGUGUCUCCA